AUGCCUGUUCCUUUCGAGACUCUGAUUCCCUAUGGAAUCAUGGUUGCCACGCUAAGAUCAGUCCAGAUGUUUGGCAUUACCGGCACCGGCUUGCACGUCAUCAAAUACGUCCAGAAUGGUGGGAAGAAACCUCGUUGGGGGCUGGAUCAAUGGGACAGACAAAGUACGCACCGUUCCGAGAUCAUGACUUUUCCUUGCAAUCGGCUUGAUAUUUAA